AUGUCCUCGAACUACACAGGCGGAUCCGGGGAUAGACAGCUCUCCCCAGCCCCGUGGAGAUCAACCGAUCCUUGGGCUACAGGAGAAGCCAAACGUCGAGGUAGAUUUUCAAGGUCGCCGGCUUCGCGGGAAAUCCACGUUUCGGCGCCGCAUUCACUAUCGGCAGCGGUAAGAGCUCGAAAGGAUGAGUAUGUUCGGAAGAAGUCCAUGAAAAUCAAGAUUGGCACCUGGAAUGUCGCUGCUAUCAACGGCACCGAAAAGGAUUUGGGUGCCUGGUUCGUUGAUGGGUAUGGUGCCAAAGGGCUUGCUCAGAACUUGUCUGGAAUUUCUCAAGACGAUGACGAUGAUGAUGACGACUCCGAUACUGACGAGAACAUCGAGUCGGUCGAAUCGCAAGAAGCUCGAAUGGCAAAGAAAAAGACGACAGUCCCCCAUGGCGACAGUGCCGCGGAAGCAAGCGGAGAUCAGAUCGACCUGUACGUCCUAGGACUCCAAGAGGUCGUGGAUGUGACGUCCAUGACCGAGGCUGUGAGGCCUUAUACGGACCCGAACCCCGGCAAGAAAUGGAAAAAGGCGCUGAAACGUGCUCUGCCGCCGGGCUACAAGAAGAUCGCCGAGCAACAGCUGUUGGGCCUCCUCCUCUUGAUAUACGCCUCUCCAGCACUGGCUCCAAGUAUUGGCUCGGUCAGCACAACCUCGGUAGGCACAGGAUUGAUGGGAUAUUUGGGCAACAAAGGCGCCGUCGCGGCCAGAAUCAUGGUCGCCGAGACGACCCGACUUUGUUUCGUCAAUUGUCAUCUCGCGGCUGGAGCCGAUCAAACGGCUUUGAAUCGUCGCAUCUGGGACACCAACCAGAUAUUGAGUCGAACGCGGUUUGCGGCCGUCAGUCCUGAUGGCGAAGUAGUUGAGCUAGGGGAGGAGAAAAUCGGAGACGAAGACUUUUCUUUCUGGUUUGGAGAUCUCAACUAUCGACUCGACGACAUUCCGGGCGAGGACGUGCGGCGGUUGCUGUUAUUGCAUACUCGCAACGAGUACGACAUGGCCAACAAAUCCAAGCGUCGAAUCGACAGCGAGCUGGGGUACGUCGACCCACCGCCGAACGACUCAUUGCCCGCUUCAUCUCAGCGUUACGAAUAUAAUGAUGCAGAGAGACCUGCCAACGAGAGUACGGCCGAGCCACCGCUGGAUCCCGAAUCCGAUCCUGCUUCCCUGCACACGACUCUUCAAUCUCUGCUAGCGCAUGAUCAACUGCGCAAUCAGCAGAAGCUGCGAAAAGCAUUCUAUGAAGGUUGGCGAGAAGGAGAUAUCAACUUCUUACCCACGUACAAAUACGACGUCGGGAGUGUGGGAAUGUUCGACUCCGGGGACAAGAAGAGAAGUCCCAGCUGGUGUGACCGGAUCCUCUUCCGGACACGACGUGAUAAACAGAGAUACGAAGAGGGAGCCAAGCAGCUGGAGGAAGCACGCAAAAAGGACGAAUCAAUGAAGGCGCGUGGCAUCGAUCAAGCCACGGCGGAGAAUGAUGUACUGUUCGACUACGAUCCUGAGACGGACGGGACGGCCGAUGGCGACGACUAUGAAGACUACGACGAGCGGCAAGACGCGGCACACGAUGCCGAGCUGGUUCGAACCCGCGAAGACUACGAGGAUGCCAUCGAACUCCUCAGCUACCACUCCCACCAAAGGAUCUUAUCAUCGGACCACAAACCCCUCGCUGCCGUCUUCAGGCUCACAUACGACGCGGUCAUUCCGGAACUCAAGGCCAAAGUGCACCAAGAGGUUGCUCGAGAGCUGGACAAGGCGGAGAAUGAAGGGCGUCCGGCGGUCACGGUGGUAGUGGACCAUCACUCCGACCCGAUCCCCAACGCUGACGGUGCGGCAGACAUGAACAUUGUCGACUUCGGAGAGGUACGUUACCGCGUGAGGAAAUCGAGAGUCGUGACCGUAGCCAAUACCGGCCAAAUCACCGCGUCCUUCUCCUUUGUCGAACGUCCCACCGACUCGUCAGAGGAUGCCGGUGUUGCUCCACGAUGGCUGGAGGUCCAUCUGGACCCAAACACCAACGACCAGACGGACCAAGCCAAACCGGCAACGAACCCUGGGACCUCGGUCCGGCUGUCUCCCGGUGAAACCACGACGGUGGAAUUGAUGGUCAACAUCGCCGACGGUGGACUGGUGUAUGAUCUGAACGAGGGAAACGUCCAGCUGGACGACAUCCUGGUCCUCCGGAUCGACGGCGGCCGCGAUCAUUUCCUUCCAGUCCGAGGAACAUGGCUCCAGUCUUCCUUCUAUCGUACACUGGACGAACUGGUUCUGGCGCCCGAAGGCGGCGUGCGGGCACUCCCGAAAUCGCACACCAACCGAGACUCCACGGGGACGGGCAAUCUGCGCAGCACCGUGACCCACCACUCGGCGCCGAAAGAGCUGUAUUCCCUGACAGAGAUUAUCCCCAAGUACAUCGAACGGUCGAUGGCGGAAUGGGAGAUGAUUCACGGCCAGGCCACUCCGCCCUGGCAGUACGAGACCGGCGGUCUUUCCUGGCCCUUCAGUCCCGCCAGUUGGACGUUCCACGACGGCGAAGAACGGGCGGAGCUGUUGGCCGGCGUCAGGGAAGCACUAGACACGGCGAGCCCGCUCGACCGCAAUUUCGAGCCGCAUGUCCCUGGUCUGGUGCGGCUGGAAGUGCUGUCCGAGACGCUCCUCGCGUUCCUGCGCUCCCUCAGAGACGGCAUCAUCUCGGCCGACACGUGGUCCGAGGUGGAACGCCGACUGAGCGUUUCGGAAAAGGCCAAGGUGCAAGCCACGUCGGACGAGAUCCAGGAUAUGGUCAUGGACUCGAUUUCGCGGUAUCCCGUGCACAGCGUGUCGUUGACCUUCAUCACUUUUCUAUUGACCCGGGUCGUCAACGAACUGACCCCUUGCGGUGAAGCCUCGUCACUCCAUCCUCCCGACCUAGCACCCGCUUCCUCUCCUAAUCCGUCCCGCCGGUCCAGAGCCUCAACCUUGUCCAGUGAUUCCGGGUAUGCGCCGUCGCCGGCCGCGUCCGACGCCACCGGCAAAAGAAGUCUCUUUCCCGCGUUACGACGCCGGCGCACGCGGAGCAUUUCCACCUCGUCGGCAACGGCAACGGCGACGACCGGUCCGGACCUGGUUGAGGGCGAACGCCGGAAGAAACUGCUCAGCGCGUAUGUUGACGUCUUCGCACCGGUCGUCAUUCGGUCCGAGAACGAUGGGACCGUCAAAGGCAGAGAUAAGAAGACUCUGGAUGCGCGGAAACGACGAGUGUUGGAAGCCUUUCUGGAUGCUAGACAGUGA